AUGUCAGUACGUGCAAAUGGCGACCAUGUCGCCCCAUCAAGAGAUGUCGAGGAUAUAACUCCGAGCAAGAAAACCAAGAAAAGAAAACACACUUCCGAGGACAAAGAAGCCUCGACAAAGAAGAAAAGACGGCGGACGGAAGAGGCAGAGGACGCGACAACGACACAGGAACCCCCUACACCAGAAGUGACAAAAAAGAAAAAGAAAAAGUCUAAGGAUAAAGACACACAAGCGUCGACGGCACAGCAAGACCUCGUGCUACCUGAUGCGCCGGACCAUGAAGAGGCACCAUCUACAGAAGUUCCGCCAUACGAAUCCGCGACGGCUGUUGAAGGUGGCGAUAGAGCAGACGUGGAACUUGAAGAGUCUCUGAAUCUGCUCGAGUCGGAAGAUCCUUCGUCCUUCUACUCGACUCGAAUAUCUCUCUAUCUUUCGAUACCUGCCAUCUCACUAGAGUCAGGCGGCUCCUCUCUACUCGCAACCCAUCUAGCACCGUUACUCCUCACUUACUUUCCUCCCGCUCGAGGCAUAGUUCUCGGCUUCUCCGAUCCUGUUCUCUCUGCGAAGGCCAACAGCGGCAUAAACCUACCUCUCGUACCUCCGCGGGACGACAAAGUUCCGCCUCAAGCCGAGGUACUUGCGAAAACAGCGGAUGAAUAUGGUGUAUGCUGGGUGUGGCUUACUGCGACGUUGCUGGUAUUCCGACCAGAAACAGGCGAUGAUUUAUACGGAUGGACCAAUGUGACAUCCGAAGGGUUUGUGGGGUUGGUGAGCUACAACUACUUCCAGACAGCCGUAGAGAAAUCCAGAAUACCUGCGGCAUGGAAAUGGAAUGGUCCGACCAAAGAAGAAACGACCAAAAACAAAAAGAAGGGCAAGAAGGGCAAAUUGCGUGACGAGGUGGACCAUAGACAGGAUAGCGAAGGGCCUGAGGACGGAGAUACUGUGGCUGCACCAUAUCAAACCCGGAUCCAAGAUGACAGUGGAUAUUUUGCAGACGCCAGUGGCUCAAAGAUGCCAUCAACACUGGAAUUCCGGGUGGUUGACACCGAAGUGGUACCGGCACAUGACAGGACGAAAUGGUCUCUGCAGAUUGAUGGAACAUUACUUGAUGAGGAGACUGAGCAAGAAGUCCUGGCAGAAGAGCGCGCCAAGUUUGAGCGGACUCAGCAGCGCAGUCGGUCGCAGACACCAGGAGGAGACGCAUUCAUGGCAGGAGCUUUGGGUUUGAGUCGAGAAGACAGUGUUGCUUCGGGCCUGUCUGUACAGGCGCCUGUUCGGCAUCGGAGGGCAUAUUGA